AUGUCCAAUUCGGCCCCCACACCCACAACAAUGAAAGCAUGGCUCUACAACAGCGCAUCCGGCGAUCUAUCUAAAAACCUCUAUCUCGAUACCUCCGCUCGGACACCCCCGUCCCCAGCUCCUCACGAGAUCUACGUCCAAGUACUCACCGCAUCCCUAAACCCAGCCGACUACAAAGUCCCAACAUGGGUCUUCGGGAUCGCAGCCCAGAUAGUGAUAGGGCUACCCGCGUCCCCAGGAAUGGAUUUCUGCGGUCGCAUCCUCGCGACCGGAUCACAAGUAACGCAGUUUUCCCCGGGACAGCUCGUUUUCGGCUGCCACAGUCGUCCAAUGAAAUACGGUAGCUUGGCAGAGUACCUAUCUAUUUCUGCUGAUCUUGUCGCUGCCGUACCGGAGGGUGUAUCUCCCGAGUCAGCGGGUGCGAUUGGGAUUGCAGGACAAAGUGCCUAUCAAUCGUUAAACGGGUAUGUGAAAGAGGGGGAUAAAGUGCUUAUUGUGGGUGGAUCUGGAGGGUGUGGGUUAUUUGCUAUUCAGAUAGCUAAGGCUCUUGGGUGUCAUGUUACUACUACUUGUUCGACGAGGAAUGUGGAGCUAUGUCGAAGUCUUGGAGCUGAUGAGGUUAUUGAUUAUACGGCUGUGGACGAUAUAGCUGGGACUCUGCGAGAACAGGGGGUAGUCUUCGAUCAUAUUGUUGAUCAUGUUGGACUGCCGAAGGAUCUGUAUUAUCAUUGUCAUCAUUUUUUGAAGGAGGAUGGUGUGUUUUUGCAGAUUGGGGCGUUGAGUAAGUCGAUUUACCCGGGGAGGAUUGGGUGGCCUUCGAUACUUGGUGGUGGACGGAGGAAGUUUCGUCUUUUCUUCUUUGCUAAUACGCAAGCACACGUUGCUGUCAUUGGGGAGAUGUUGCUGAAGGGGACUUUGAAGGUACAUGUGGAUAGUGAGUAUGAGUUUGAGAACGCUAUUAAGGCAUUUGAUAGAUUGGCCUCGGAUAGGACUAGAGGGAAAGUUCUUAUUCGCGUAGCUAAAGAGUAG